UAUCACCUUCCUCGUAGGGCCGGGACCGAGCCCUGAGAAUCGUCUGGCCGCCCAAUUCUGUCCAUCGUCAUCUCGCUGAGAAAUCUCACCGCCUGUCCAUCUCGAAGUUAUUAAAGUCUGCAACGAAAAUGCCACGGACUUUAUCUAAAGGACCGCCGCAUUUGGCGAUAAGGGGACAGAUUGAGAGACGGCGGCCACCGUUUCUCAGAGGCGCCGCGAAAUCUACCGAGCCAGGAACGAAUGGAGCAAGAGCGGAAGCUGGAGGGUUGGAAACCGGGGGAGGAGAUCGGGGUAGCGAUGAAGAAUUACACCCUGACACGCUUAUACGACAAAAUUUCGAGCUACGUCAUCGCUUGGAGGAAGAAGCUGCGAGUUAUAAACGUCGGUUGAAUACUUACAGACAAGCGCAGCAGCAUCAGGCUGCUCUGGUUUCUCGUUUGCAGGCAAAAGUGUUGCAGUACAAGCAGAGAUGCUCGGAGCUGGAGAACCAGAUGGUCGAGUCGCUGCCUGUGGAAGUGUCAAGAGUGACAGUUUCGUCACCGAGCACUUCUGCGCUAGAAGCUGCCCAUCAGACACUGAGGGAGUUGCGGGAUGAACAGAUAACUGAUCUGGAGACGGCGAUUCGUAAACUCAAUGAGGAGAGACGACGCUCGGAUAAGCUUAUGGAGAUCAAUACGUCUUUGAAAAAUCAAUUAGAAGAGUCGCAUAGAACUAACGAGACAUUGACCAAUGAUUUGCAGAAAUUGAGUACCGACUGGGAUGUACUGAGAGAAGAGAUGGCCAUCAAGGAGGACGAGUGGAAAGAAGAGGAACUGGCAUUCAAUGAGUACUACACGUCAGAGCAUCAUCGUCUGCUGAACUUGUGGCGUGAUGUUGUCGCUCUUAAACGUCUUUUUUCAGACAUGAAAUCAUCCACGGAAAGAGACCUGACCAAGUUUCAAAAUAAAUUGUCAACUGCCACGAAUGACAUGACGUCGGCUUGCAGUGGCGUCAAACUUGCGCUACAAAUUCAGUCGAGUGCAUUGCAAUCUUCUGUUACUCAGCAGUAUCACGCCCAGGAGGCCUCGGAUUUGAAGACGGAACUUGAUAAUAUUAAACAGCAAUGGGAGAUUGCGCAGAAUGAAAUCAGAAUGAAGGAUGAUCGCAUCAACCAACUGAUCAGGGAGAUACACAGCAUUGAAGAGAGAUGCGGCAAAGCUGAGGCUGGUAUUGGACAGGCUGCUAAAAUUCAAGAGGAUGUUGAAAUAUUAGAAGCUGCUCUGCGUGAUAUUGCUCACGCUGUGAUUCAAGACGCUGAAACUCGUGAUAUUGAAAGUAUCCAGGCACCUCCGCAUGUUCAUUUGUCCCCAAGUAGCGUCGUCAUGUCUCAGCGAUCGCCUAAACGCGGCACGCGAAGCAAUACCAUUCCCGCGUUUGCCGAGAGCACGAUAAGUGCCGUGCAAGCGGCGCUGCACAAAUAUCAGCUAACUAUUCAUGAGCUUCAAGUUAAAUUACAAACGAAUGCUGAGCAAUUAACACUGACGCGGAAACAAUGUGACUCGGCUGAAGAAAAUGUCCAAUUGCUGGAAGAACGGACGUCUGAAUUGAUAAUACAACUUGAUACCACGCGCGCUCAGUGCACGCAGUUGCUACAGGAGCGCGAUAUGCUGCAGAAAAGUUUGGAUACUGUUAGAAUUGAAAAGAUUUCAUUGGAUAAAAACAAAGUUGAGCUCAAUCAUACUAUCGAGGAUCUUAAUAGCGAUUAUGAGAAGCUGCAGAAAGUCAACAGUAAAUUACAGAAAGUAUGCGACAGUUUGGAAGAUGACAAGAUUUAUUUGCAGAGUGAGCUGGACAGAAUCAAUAAAGAGUUUGAGCUGAGAGAAAUGAGCUUCAGGUCUGAAGAAGAACGAUGCAGUCGCAUGCGCGAAGAAUUAUUGACAGUACGCGAGGAAUUGAGUAAAAUUUAUUUGGCCAAAGAUAUGCUGGAGCAGCAGAAACUUGAGUCUGAUAAUUUGAUAACGCAGAUUGAAAAAAGCAAAGGGGAUUUGGAGUUGGAGUUAGAGCGGAUUCUGUUGGAAAAAUCUGAUAUUCAAGAUGAGCUGAUAAAGUCAGAGGCUAUUUGUAAUAAUCAUGAGAAAGACAAACAACGACUUGCUGAGGAGUUGAAGCGGAUGGACGAGGAGAAGAAUAAAUUAGCAAGUCAAUGCUGCGAUCAAUCAGGCGAUUUAAGUUCUUUGAGAAAAGAAUUAUUGCAGGCUGAGCAAGCGCGCUUGGACUCAGAGGCUGAUAAGGUAACGUUGAAUGAGAAAAUAAAAUUUUUGGAAAUCGAAAAGGAGAAGGUGGAGAUUGAGCUGGGGCAGGUGAUGCGCGAGCGCAGUGAUUUGAGUAACCAGUUGUCCAUACUCGCGCGGAAGAAGGAGUCUUUGAAUGAGGAGCUGAUGAGAACUAAGCAGCGACUGGAACAGUCGAAUGAAAUGAAUGCGAGGAUAAAUAGAAAUUUGGAGGAGCUGGUCAAGGAUAAUGAAGAGAAGCAGGUUGUGCUGGAGACAAAUGAAAAAGAAUUUCAGCGAAUGCAGGAAUUAUUGGCCUCGGUGAGAAGUGAGAAAGAAACUUUGGAAGGAGUAUUGUUUGACACCCAGACAAAUCUUGAGGCGACGCAUUUGAAGAAGGUGCAGUUGGAAAAAGAGCAGCAGGAGCUGUUGAUAAAGCAGGAAGCCUUGAAAGGACAAAUUGCGAGAUUGACUAAAGACCUGGAGAAUAGUGAGAAACGCGCGCAAGAUAUCAAACAAAAUCUUACUCAGCAGCGAGGCAAUCAGGAGGCUGAAUUCCAACAAAUUAUUGCCAACAUGAAGAAACAAAAUGAAGAUACGUGUAAAAAAUUGAAUGAGGAAAAAGAGCAAAUACGUGUGUCACUUGAAAAGCGAUUACAGCAGACGGUGAGUUCGCUGGAGGGUCAAAAAGACGAUGAAGUCAAUCAGAUGCUAAGUAGAAUUGAAGAGUUACAGCAGCAUAUCGAUAAUUUGUGCCAGCAGCACGAGGAAGCUCUGCUGCGUGCUGAAAAUGACAAGCAACAGGCCCUACUUAUUGCUCAUCACGAUCAGCAGGCGUUGAUGGAGAAGCUUGAAAAUAUUUUCCGUGAACUGGAGAGUGAAAAGGGGACUUUGGAUCGGCUGAGAAGAGAAGCCAAUGCACGUGCAGAACAGGAUCGUACGAACAUCAACCAGUUGCGUGAUGAAUUGAGUCGUAUGAAGACGAAGCUCGAGGAAACUAAAUUGCAAGAUGACGAGGAAAAGAUUAGACUGGAGUUGAAGAUUGAAGAUUCGUUGAAAGAACGGGAGACUGCUCAAAAAGAAUGCGAAGAACUAAGGGUCCAGCUUCAAGUUGCUGAAGAUAAAGUUGAUAGCCUGCAGAAUCAGUUACAGGAGACUACGAGGAAGCUAAAAGACGCGGAAAAUAGUAUUGAGUCAUUGAGAAAAGAGCUGGUGGAUGUACGAAGACAGUUGGCCGAUUCGAACUACGCUAUGGAUAAAUAUAAUAAUACGAAUAAAGAAUUGCGUGAACAUGUUAAACGUAUUGAAGGCGAAAAGAGAGAGCAGUCACGAGCGCUAGAAGAAGCUUAUCAGAAAAUAGCGACCAUGGAGGAUGCACGAACAGCCAUGGAAGCUGAAAAGUCCCGGCUUCAAGGACAAAUAAGAGACAUGGAGCAUGAGAUAAUCCAAACUCAACAGCAGCUUCGGUUCACUGAAGGUGAAUUGCAAAAGAGUCAGUCUGCUAAUUCUCAAGCACAGAAUGAAGAACGCGAGUUGCAAGGCCGGCUGGCGAAUGAAAUAGAAGAGAGAGAACGUCUUCAGUUGCAGUUACAUCAGCUGAAGAAACAGGUUGUGGAUCUUGACAAUAGUCUUGAAGUAACUAGACAGGACAUGACCAAAAUGAGAUCACGGGCCGAUGAAGAAGACGAGAGAUGGCGUGCGAGAGAACAGGAACUUCUUGUUAGGCUGGAAGACAGUCGAUGCAGAGAAAGAAAACUUGAAGACCAGAAACACAAUCUCGAGGUAUGUCUGGCUGAUGCGUCUCAGCAGCUCCAGGAGCUCAAAGCUCGCUUUGGUGGUUCCGAAGGACGAGUUAGGGCUUUGGACAGUCAACUGGCACAGUUGGAGGCUGCUAAAAAGGAAGUCGAACAGAAAUUGAGUAGCGUUGGUUCAACUCUGCGGCGAAUUGCUGGUAUUCAACUGGAUGGUACUGUCAAUAUGCCGUUCAAACUCAUGAGUCCAUCGAGAAGGUGGAGUCCGGCGCGUGUUUCUCAUCAGGACCAUGACGUCAGUCGGGAUGUGAUUCUUGAUGUCGACCCGGAGGCCGUGAGAAAAGGCGUUCGUUCGUUGAUGCAGCAGGUGGCGCAGAUUGAACGUGAGAGGGAUGAUUGCAAGAACGAGCUGAGUAAUGUUAAAAAACAAUUGGCUGAAGCUCAAGAGUGUCAAACCAAAUCAGACUCCAAGGUAAAUAAUCUCAGUAUUACUUUAAGGAACAUCCAAGACGAAAAAGCGUCGCUGGAGGCACAGCUGUCACAGAAACAGACCUCUUAUCAGAGUUUGCAUGAGGCGUUGCAUCAAAAGACUCAAGAAAAUGAAUAUUUGCGUGAAAAAGUGACGGCCUUAGAGCUGACUGUUAGCAGCGAGUCUGAGGAAAAAGGACAGUAUGAAGAAAAACUAGAGAAAAUGAAACAAGCAUUCAGCAGAUGUGACAAUGAGAAACGUAGCUUGCAAGAAGACUUAGGAAGGUCUGAAGCCAGGUCAACAAAAUUAGAACUGCAGCGAAUGUCGCUCGAGGGUGACUUGCAGCGGCUUCAAAUGGUUUUGCAGGAAAAAGACGGGAACCUUCAAAAACUCCAAGACCGCUUUGACGCCCAGGUAAAAACAUCAACUGGCUUGGAAGAACGAUGUGCGUCAUUGAAGUCCACUAUAGAGCAGUUGAACGUCUGCUUGGAACGUGCGUCUGCCACUGAGAGCGAACUGAAGAGCGAAAUAAAUUCAAUGCGACGUACAAUUAUGGAAAACAAUGCACAGAUCCAAAGUAUCAAUGACCGGGUUAAGCAGCUACAGAAACAACUGGCCAAUGCUGAUAAUGAACGGCGAGUUGUCUCAGAAAGACUGGAUGCUGCUCAACAAUCAGUUAUGGAGUUGAAACACGCGAAUCAAACUCUGAUGGAUCAGAACUCGCGGUUACAAAAUGAUUUGGCGAAUAAUGAAGUCCAGCGUUCUGGUCUCGAGUCACAACUGAGACUUGCCACUUGGCCGCAAGAGAGUCCCUCGAAUAAAGACGACGAAGUGGUAAGACAGCUCCAUGCUGUUCAAAGAGAUCGCAGUGAAAUGCGCGGGAAACUGGACGCACUCAAUGACAAAGUGAGACUCUUGGAAAUCGACAAGCGCAAUCUCGAAAGACAAUUAGCUUCCGCUAGAGCCAGCGGUGGACGCAGUAAAAGUUAUGAACGUCCUGAGAAAGCUCACAUUGAGCUGAUGGGAUCAAAUGUUAGCGUUGAUCUACUGGAGCAAGAGAAUCGUGAUCUGCGUCUGAAAAUACGCAGACUGGAGACUCUGCUUGCUGAGAAAGAAGCGGAAGUUCUUAGAUGCAAAACAAUGCACAGUCAUUCACAUUCGGCUAGAGAAUCGAGUCGCGAUCGAAUGGCAGAAAUCGAGAGAUUGAGAGCUGCUCAACUGCAGGCUGAAAAAUUAUUGGAAGCGCGAGAGCAGAGUCAUCGACAGCAGGUUUUGCGGCUCGAAAAUCAGAUCCAGUUGUUGCGAGAACAAUUGAGCCAGGAAAUAAAACGUCGUCAGCUCUAUGUACUGCGCAGCACACGUGCUGGCAGAGAAAUGCAGCAUCUACGCCAAGCACUGGGUGAUUCUUUGAAGACUGUGGCACAAGAUCCGUCUCUAGAUGCUGUUCUGUUGGAACACGAAGCCAGAAAAUUAGACAGCACGGUAACGAGUACCACAAGUUUACCGCCUUCGUUGGCGCUUCCUGCUCCCUCGUACGAUAGAUAUUCUCCGAUUCCAUCACCGUUGAAGUAAAGUUCAUUUUAUUUAUUCAAUUCUAAAGCUAACUUGAUACAAUGACAGCAUGUGUUCAAUAUUUAUGUGUUCCCUAUCAAAAAAAUCCACCUGGGAAUCCAGCUUAGAUUCCCAUCACGUGUUUUCCCAUGGGAUCCAAACCAUCCAAAAAUCCAUAAGUGGACAUACAUAAUUUACCAUACAUACAAAAUUUUUACAUAGAAAUCCAGGUUCCUAACUGGUUUUCAUAUGGAUUUCUAAGAUAGGAAUUCCGAUAUUCAAGUUCCUGUAUGUCUUUUUGUAUGGUUUGGUACCCAUACUUUUUUCUACAUGAGUUCCUAUAUAAAUCCGUACUUUCUUAUAUUGAUACCCAUGAAUCCUUUUUUUUUUUUUUUCCUUUGAUGGCUAACGGCCCUUCAGUGCCAUGUGCCAGUACCCAUGAAUCCUUAUGUGAAUCCGUAGUUUCCUGUAUGGAUUCCUAUGGAUUCUUAUGUAAUCUUACAUGGAUUUUUUUGAUACGGUUUCUACUUUGAUAAAUUAUAUUUAUUAACACUUUUGGUAAUUUUUUACACGGCAAGUGCCUUCAAAAAAAGUUUUUACUAUUUAUAAAUGAAAUUAUUGAUGAGGUUGAUAAACAUGUGUGUCGUACAAAUAGCCAUAUAUUGCGGUAAUGAUAAAACAAAAAUAUAUAUCAUUCCAUAGUCUAAUUUUAGUCUUGCCAGUGGUACUUAAAAAAUUUUUAAUAGAGUAAUUUUACAGCGUGAUACUUAAGUAUAUUUAUAACUUAUUUAUUAAUGUAGAUAUAGAGAUUUAAACUCUUUUUAAUUACUUUAUUUUCGAAGGAAUCAUCACCUCAUUGCAUUUCGACAUCCGUCCAUAUCAUUUUUAUAGUACAAAUUUUUUUAUUUAUUUAUAUUUUUUAUUUUUUAGCCUUUUAAGAAAAUCUAUUAUUAAUUAAAUUAUUAUUAAAUAAUCCGUGUUACGUUUUGCGUAAUGAAGAAAAAAAAAUAUCUUUGAGUACUUAACGUAUGAUAUUUAAUGAGGAAGGUGUUAAUUGCUACGUUUGGUCUUGCAGUGAGACUAAAAUAUUAAAAUGUAGCAAAAGUAUUGUAGAGUAUCAGCUUCCGAGAUUAGUCAAGGAUCGAAUGAUCGAUCAAUCAUGAAAGAGUGGAGUUUAAAAAAAAUUACUGGAAGAAGCUUUUUAAAGUAUGUAGGUAUCAAGGAUUGUGUCGGUUCUCUAGUACAGAGAACAUUUGACAUCCAGUCCGAAUCACGAUAGACUUUCUCAAGUCACAAUAGGCCUGCGGAUUAUUAAUUACUUGUAUAUUUUCAAAUACUUGGUAUUAUUAGUUGUAAUUAUUAUUUUAUUUGAACCAAUUGAAUGCCCUAUUGCCAUUUUUUAUUUUACAUUUUUUUUAAAUUUAAAAAAAUAUGUAAAUGCCAUGUUGAUUAUAUUUAUUAAUGUUAAGGUUUUAAAUUAUUUCGACGUGCAAAAUAUCAUGAAUUAUGUUUUAAAAUAUAUAUAUAUAUUUCAGUUUGUAAAAUCAAACAAAAAGUAGAGGAAUUAAAU